GUCGUUGACGAUGUGCUAGGUAACAUUUUCAGUGAGAAUAUCAUGUGAAUCCGUCCAAAUAAACGCGAAAAUGACGAUGGCUAAAGUUGAACGUGCCAAAGCAUUCGAGGUAGUGCAAGAACUGCUUCUUCAGAAUUAGGAUACCUAAAUCUGAAAGAUCUAGCAUCGAAAUGUCGCAGUCGAGAUACAACUAUUCGUCAUCAACGAAUAACUGGGGAUAUCCAUUGUAUUUGUGUGACUGCUGUCCCUACGGAUAUCACAUUGAUUUGGAUUUCGUUAGAUAUUGCGAAUCCAUCAGCAAAGAUGCAGAUUGUACGGGUUCUAUCAAACGAAGAAGAGACAGAAGGCGACAACGAAAGUCUAUGGAAGUACUCUUGGGUCUCGAAUCCAUAGCAGAUCAUUAUGAGAAACAACCCGAACCAAUAUCACCAAUUCUUGAAACGGAGAAUCGCCUGCUCCAGAAGCAAGACAGCUUCGAUAACGUCAUCGAUGAUUUCGAAAAAACAUUUCAAAGAUCGAACGUCAAACUGUCGCACAAUCUUCCAGAUGUUACCGCAGUUUCAGAUAUCAGGAGUCCAGUGCCUUCGGAGGUCCGAUCCGCUCUUACUGGACGUUUGGUAUUGAAAAAAACUCCGCAGAGGGAAUUGGAAUCAUCCAGCGAAUUAUGUGCUUUAACUCCAAGAGCUUUCAAGGCCAUAAGAGAACAAAUGGCCCUUAGCUUAGAACGUACUAGGCAAUUAGAGGAACAAAUAAAACAGUUGCCAGCUCUCAAAAUUCAAAUAUCAACUUUGGAAGACGAAAAAGAACGACUUUUGCAAACUAUCGAUAAUCUCCAGCAAAAUAGCGAUCAAAUUGGCAUAACUAAAAAAUUUGCUACUUUAGAUCCAACUUCUACCAGAAGGAAUAGAUCGAGUAGUUUCUCGUGCACGGAUAAUCAAUAUGAUCGUGGCUUCAAAAGAAAAUGCCAAACACCUUCAACAAAAGAAAUGGGUGUUUCAUGUUCUGUACUGACGAGAAAUGUAGGCGUAGGAAAUCAAACACUCAGUAGAAGGCAUGCAUCCACUUCAACCGAUAUUGAUGCUGUUAAUUACGCCGACAAAUGGUUCGGAGAAAAAUUGAAAUUUAUGAACGAUCAAAAUGAAAAGGUGAAACGAAAGAGCAUGACUAAAAUUCCGAUGAUCAAUAAAGCUAAUCAAACUUUCACGAUAAACUCUCAUAACCAGGAAACACAAACGCCUAAAUCUCAAAUAAAAACAAAAAAUGACAAAUAUAUUCAGACUGUACAACGAAUAGUUGCUAAAAGAGACCAAGCAACAGUAGUCAAGCCAAAAACGAUAGAUUUCGGUAUCCAAAAGUCCAUCGAAUCCUACAAUAUUGGAGUUUCGGAUGACACCAUAACUGAUAUUAACUGCGACAAAUGCGAAGCUGUUAAGAUAAGCGUUGGUGUAGGUCCAGAAAUCAAAGAGGAUCAAUAUGUAGCGCCUAUUUCAUUAGCUUCCUUAUCCUUUCCAAGAAGUAAGUCUUUCAAUUUAGGGGAAGACAAAAUGGAUUUCAGUAGGAGAAAGAGGUCUAUUUCUGUCCAAUAUCAAUAUAAGCCUGACAUUUCCACAAAAGGUUCACAGUAUGAACCUUCUAAUGUGUCCAGAUCCUGCCAAUCAAGCAUCAAGACACAUUCGAAAGGUACACAGUAUGAAUCGAAUAAUAUGGACAGUAGCACUCAAUUCGAUGAAACUUUCGUUGUUGAAUCGACUCCUAAAAAAGAUAGCCAUAAAGUAGAAACUCAAACCGUUGGAUGUAAUACUUCAUGGGAAUCGCCUGCGAUUAAUAUUUGCUCAGAAUGCCGCGAAAGACGAAAAGACCAUAAGGAAUUCUCGAAAACAGAAACGUCUCAAAAAGAGAACCUCAAAGUAGAAGACAGGAAGAAAGAGGAAUCGAAGAAGAAAGACGGAGUUGUAGUUUCAAGAAUACCCAAACCACAAUUAACGCCUACUUCUGAGAGGAGGAAAUUCAGAAGGCAAGAUACUUACACAAAAAUCAAUGCUUCCCCCCCACCAGAGGAAUAUGAUGCAGAAUUAUCAGGAUUGGACUUAUCAAAAUCUUCAACAUCAAUAAACGCCUUGGAAAGAGUGAAGGAAAAGCUCAAAUUUCCAGAGAUUCCAAGUGAAAGCAUCUCGCACAAUGAUAUCAACCAUCAAUCAGUCAGUAAUUUGUGUCACCCUCCAAUUGAUCGAGAACCUAUUCCAUCCACACCAUCCCUGGCAUCAAUCCACUCCAUACAUCGAAAAAAAGCUAUGCCUAGUAAAGAAAUGCAAGGUGCCAUGAAGGUUCUCAAUGAUUCAUUGCAAAAACAGAGCAAACUACCCAACAACCACAGAGCAAUUGAUAUUAUUCAACAAGAAUGGUUUAAAAUCUCCGGCGUUGACACUGCCAAUCCCCUAGAUGUUGAGGACUAUUUGGAUGCAUUCGAAGACAUGUCUUCAAUGCUCCUGGACUGUAUAGUCAAUAUGACGGAUGCCAGUGGAAAUACUGCAAUGCAUUACGCUGUAUCACAUGGGAAUUUUGACGUUGUUUCGAUCCUACUAGACUCGAAAGUUUGUGAUAUUAAUAAACCCAAUAAAGCUGGAUAUACGAGUGUGAUGUUAGUGUCAUUGGCUGAAAUCUGCUCACAAACCCAUGCAAAUGUGGUCAGAAGGCUGUUCCAAAUGGCUGAUGUGAAUCAGAGGGCAAAACAACAUGGUCAAACUGCCCUAAUGUUAGCAGUAAGCCACGGUAAACUUGACAUGGUAAAGAUGUUACUAGAAGCAGGGGCUGAUAUAAACAUACAAGACGAUGAUGGCAGCACAGCCUUGAUGUGUGCAGCAGAACAUGGUCAUAUUGAGAUAGUUAAACACUUCCUGAGUCAACCAGAUUGUGAUUCUACAAUUACUGACGUAGAUGGAAGCACAGCUUUGAAAAUAGCCAUGGAGGCUGAACACCGACCAAUAGGAGUCCUUCUGUAUGCUCACGAACGAAAUUUAAUGGUAGCUCAUGGACACAAACACAAGAAAAAAUCUACGAGCCCUAAACCUCCGUCUUCGCCACUUUCUAUUCGACAUAGCCAUAGUGCCUUGAACAACAUCAAAAGUAGUAAAUAGAUUAUAUAUAUACAUAUAUCCAUAUAUUUUACAAACUUGUUAAAUGUUUCCUAAGAUUCGUCCAACGUUUAGAGAUUAUAUUGCAUCAACUCCACAAAGAUGAAGCACAAUAUUAGUAUAACAUGUAGAAAAAAUUGUAAUGUAGUUUACUUCAUAUCGAAAUUAUAUUAAUUUGAAUUUAUUGAACUAUGUCGACAUUCUAAUAUUAAACUUCAUCAAAUUAUCUCCGAAAAAAAAGUUAAUGGGACAACAAUCAUUAUUUGUAAUUAUGCAUGUGAAUUUCAAAAAGAAAUAUUUUACUUUCGAUCGACUGACACGUAUUUCCAUUGGAAAUCUGAAUACAUUUUUUACAGAAAUCUCCAUAUCAUUCCUCGUCUUGUAAUAAUACCUUUCUUAAGCUCAAAAUGCAGAAAAAAGGUUAACGAAAUGUUAUAUAAUAGAUGUGAUAGUGUUCAAACUGAAAAUAUAUUUUGGUCUAAACUGUACUUGUUAAUAAAGAUUAUAAAGCGUAGUUGUUCAAAUGUAAUAGACGGUUUACUGAUUACUACAUCAUAUUCUGUUUAUCUACCAAAAGGGAUUUGUUGUAUUUUUGACUCAAACUGUGACACCCUAAAUUUCUAUAAAGUUUAUAUGAAAAUUCCAUAUGUUUUCAUAUUUACUUUGGGAUGUUCUCUUGACAGGAGAUUUAUCAGUAAUUCAUUUUUAAUUCUUUAUAUCUUUGCAAGAAGACUGGAUGUAAAUUUCUCAUAAAAUUAUACAAAUACUAUUUUGUAGAUGUGCUCAAAAUGAUUGAUUGCCAACUGUUCAUGUGAGUAUGUUUUUGUCUUCUUUCUAACUUCCUCGUAUUUUACUCAUAUGUAUUGGUAAUCAAAAAUUUUUAUUCCUUAGACUGAAUAUGAGGACGGCAUAACUAGUCCUCUUUUUUUUUGAAGUCCUAAUUACUGUAUUCGAGAAUUUUUAUAUGUAAUUUAUUAAAUUUAUUUGUGAAUAUAUAUACUUCAAAAUG